CCAAAUGUUACCUUUGGAUUCUUAAGUAGGGGGCAAGGAAGAGCACGUAGGAAUGCCGACCACUACAUAAGUAAUAACGGGGUUUUAAGAGUUUUUGGUGGUGGGAUAGAUCCGUAUGUUGUGAUGCAAUACAAGAGCCAAGAGCGCAAGAGCAGUGUUGCCCGAGGGGAAGGCGGGAGUCCAGUCCGGAAUGAGAAAUUCACGUUCAGGGUAGAGUAUCCCGGGGUUGGAGAUAGCCCCCAGUACAAGCUCAUUCUCAAUUUGAUGGAUAAGGACACUUUCUCUACUGACGAUUUCCUCGGCCAAGCCACGAUAUACUUGGAAGAGCUGUUGGCACAAGGAGUGGAGAAAGGAAAUGCAGAAUUACAUCCUCGAAAGUAUAGCAUUGUUUCCUCGGACAAAAGUUACUGUGGGGAGAUUCAAGUUGGUAUCAAAUUCACUCCAAAAGUACAAGAAGAGGAGGAAGAUGAUGGUGGAAACGAAUUUGGCGGAUGGAAAGAAAGCGACUGCUAGAAAAGCUCUGUUUCUAUGACAGUUAUUAGAGCUAUUUGUGGACUCUGUAAUUGUGUGUGUGAGUCAGUUUGGAAACUGCAGAAAGCUAUGAAUCCAUCUCCUUCGGAGUUUCCAUUGUCAAUUUCAUGGUAGGAAUGGUUCACCCUACAGUGCGCAUGUGUUUGGAACUGAAUGAAAUUUUCUUAAGUACAAGUGGCACACCCCCUUGAAGUUCCCCUCCAGUUUUGCAAUAAUGCCACAAAAACACAAAUGUGUUCAGAGCUAUUCAACACGUUUACAUGUUGUAUAAUAUUGCAUGUAUGGACUUGUGUGCAUCAAAUGAUUGCAGAUCCAAAUAGAUUCGAUUUUAUGUUUGUAGCACUAUUA